CUCAUACGGCCAACAACGCGAAAGUACCGUUGCUCUGCCACACUCGCUGGCACUUCAUUCGGUGACACGGUGUUGAGCGCAUCAUCUCGGCGUGCGCGUUCCCCCCAAAAACCUCCUUCGACGUUCAGUGAGCGUGCCUGCGUGCCGUGAAACGUGGAACUUAUAGUGCCCCGUGUGGACACAUCGACGUCGAAACCACAGCGGCCGAACAAAUCCCAUCAAGAUGGGUAUUAAAUUCUUGGAAGUUAUCAAGCCGUUCUGCAGUAUACUGCCAGAGAUCGCCAAACCCGAACGAAAGAUCCAAUUCAGAGAGAAAGUAUUAUGGACGGCGAUCACACUAUUUAUUUUCCUUGUUUGUUGUCAAAUUCCGUUGUUCGGUAUCAUGAGCUCAGACUCAGCCGAUCCGUUCUACUGGAUUCGUGUAAUUCUUGCGUCAAACAGAGGCACCCUCAUGGAGUUGGGUAUCUCGCCCAUCGUCACAUCCGGUCUGAUCAUGCAGCUCUUGGCUGGCGCCAAGAUUAUCGAAGUUGGUGACACUCCAAAGGACAGGGCUCUGUUCAAUGGUGCACAAAAAUUGUUUGGCAUGGUAAUCACCGUCGGCCAAGCAAUCGUCUACGUAAUGACCGGCAUGUACGGCGACCCAGCCGAAAUCGGUGCCGGCGUGUGUCUUCUCAUCAUUAUCCAGCUUUUCGUCGCCGGUUUAAUUGUACUUCUGCUCGACGAACUCUUGCAAAAGGGCUAUGGUCUCGGCUCUGGUAUCUCGCUCUUCAUUGCGACCAACAUCUGCGAAACCAUCAUCUGGAAGGCAUUCUCUCCCGCCACGGUUAACACCGGCCGCGGUACUGAAUUCGAAGGCGCCGUCAUCGCUCUCUUCCACUUGAUCGCCACACGUCAAGACAAAGUCCGCGCUCUGCGUGAGGCCUUCUACCGCCAGAACCUUCCCAAUCUGAUGAACCUGCUCGCUACCAUCCUUGUCUUUGCCAUAGUCAUAUAUUUCCAGGGCUUCCGUGUCGACCUACCCAUCAAGAGCGCGCGUUAUCGCGGUCAGUACUCCAGCUACCCAAUCAAACUCUUCUACACAUCAAACAUCCCUAUUAUUCUGCAAUCCGCGCUUGUUUCUAACCUUUACGUCAUUUCACAAAUGUUGGCGGUUAAAUUUCAUGGCAACUUUUUAAUUAACUUGCUUGGCGUGUGGGCUGAUGUUGGCGGUGGUGGCCCAGCACGUUCAUAUCCAAUUGGAGGGUUGUGCUACUACCUCAGUCCGCCUGAAAGCGUCGGACACAUCCUGGAAGACCCCGUGCAUGCGUUCUUGUACAUCGUCUUCAUGCUGGGUUCCUGCGCGUUCUUCUCAAAGACGUGGAUUGAAGUAUCUGGAUCCUCCGCUAAGGAUGUUGCCAAGCAGCUGAAGGAACAGCAGAUGGUGAUGCGUGGUCAUCGUGAUAACUCAAUGAUCCACGAGUUGAACCGUUACAUCCCGACGGCAGCUGCUUUCGGUGGUCUGUGUAUCGGCGCGUUGUCAGUGAUGGCUGACUUUAUGGGCGCGAUCGGUUCCGGCACGGGUAUCCUGCUCGCCGUGACGAUCAUCUACCAGUACUUCGAGAUCUUCGUCAAGGAGCAGAGCGAGAUGGGCAGCAUGGGUGCGCUGCUCUUCUAAGUUACGCAAAUGAUUUUUGUUAAUUAUUUAUAUAUAAAAUAUAAAAAAUACUGUGCCCUUGCGAUGCGAGGAGAGGCAGACAAAAAUAUUGAUUACUAAAAAAACAUUUGAAAUUUCACUACAGAAACAAAAAUCAUUGGAAAGAAGGACCGUUUGUUGAGUAAAUUAGUACUAUUGAGGUAAUCAAUAUUUUUUAUACUAAACGAAUGAAAGGCUGACUAUUUUCACUCACUUUGAUGAAAUAAAAUAGUCUUUUUUGUACUUGAUAAGACAAACUUAAAAUAUUAAACAAAUUUACUAUGACAAUUGCUGCGAUUGCAAACCGAGAACUGCGAAGCAAUGAUAUUUAUGAGUAACUUGGAAGGGAGAGUGUGUGUGUGUGAGUUCAUCUCUUUGUAAUAAUUGUAAUAAUUUAUGUAGUAACAUGUCGUUCGACUUUUCGAUUGUUUGCGAUGAGUUUUAGUUUGUUUUCUUUCAUUUCAUUACAUUCAGCUUGCGAGAACGAACGGGUGCAAUAAAGUGAGAACUCUAUAUUCGUAAAUAUCUUGUUUCCGUUUCAACAAAAAGUUUACACUUGACCACAAUAUGAGGUUUGUCAAGUUUUUAAUUCAAUGUUGGCUGUUUACAUUCGUAAAUGUCGCGCAGUCAAGUUUCAACUGACCUGUCAUCGCAACACAAUGAAAAUCCACCUGAAUUUCUAUUGAAAACGCAAAUCUAUGUGAAUUUAUUUACUAUAUGUACAAAAAACGUAAAAUUUCCACCGAAAAAGAAGCAUUUACACAAGAAUUCGACUGAGGUACUACUAUUUAGUGCAAAUAAGUUACGUACACGAGCGCAUCCUCCGUCGUUUGUCCCCACCUCAACGGUUGGAUUUUACAGGCUGUGCUUGCGCUCGUAGUCGUGCUCUACGCUCUCGUUUUGUGCGCGAUCGAAAAUGGCAGCCCCGGUCUACGUCGAGGACGAAAUCGGUCGGAAAUGGGACAGAUGCCUUACGGACGGAAUCCUCAAGUUCGGAGGUGGGCUCGUGAUAGGAACAGUGUUUUCCUUUCUGUUCUUCAAGCGAAAGCGCUGGCCGAUUUUACUCUCCGGUGGUUUCGGCGUCGGCAUGGCCUACUCAAACUGCGAGCGUGAUCUGAACGCCACAAUGCUUGGUGCAUCCAAGCUGCAGAAAAAAUGCGAUUAAACAACUCCUAGAAUCAGCAGCAUGCAUAUGUGAAAGUAAUUAAUCACACAUUUAGUGAACAUUGUAUAUAAAGGGGAAAAUGCCAUUAAACAUCAAAUUGGGUGAUGUCAAUCUGUCUGACUAUGUGUUAUUUAUUAGUUUGUUGGCAUUUCUUGGGUUUUUAAUCUCACUAACAUCAGAGAGAAACAAUAUACAUAUACUGUGGUGUUCAAAUCAACUUAAAUAAAUUAAAACUGUUCAAUAUUAUACUGUUACCACUAAAAUAUCAAAAUAUGUAGGUGACUAGAAGUAUAGUAUGAGUAUUUGUUAUUUUUUAUUUUAAUUUCAUUUGUCCUAUUAUAUUUUUAUAGUUAGUGUUUGAAACAAUAAAGUUGGCGCUGUUAAAUCA